GCUUACUGGACCUUGAACAACCGGUCCCUCUACGCCUUGAACCUUGCCGCCCGGAAGGGGGCGGUCUUGACUGCCUGGGCGCUGCCAUUUGAGGAGAUGUGCCCCGUGACAGCCAAGUUCGUCCAGCUUCGGUGCAGCUCCUUGAUGGAGGGCGAGGAUGCAGAAG